AGCCUGUGGUUUGCUGUGACGCUGGAGGGUUGGUCCAUGGAGCAUAAUGAAGCGUCCCAGUUGCUGAAAUGGGAGUGGGCGAGCUGGGAUAGGCUGGGAGUUUGGUUGGAGCAGUCAGCGGGACGGGAGUAGGCACAAGAAAAACGAAGAACCGACUGAUCAUUAACUUCUGGUUUCUUUGCGGAUGAAUGUUGGACAGGAAAUUUGACGUAGACAGCUUUACGGGAAACAACAUUUGUUGCAUUCACAGGUUCGCGGAUCUGAACGGCGCGGAUGACAAAGAAGCGUCGCCGUGCAAACUUUCUCAAUCGGGUUUAAUCGCUCGCCAAAAAAAAAAAAAAAAAAAAACCCAGAAAGGGGGGAUUCUGUUUUUCUUUCUAACGCAGGCGUAAAGAAGAGGACAUCAUGCCGCGCCGCACCGUGCAAGAAGUAACAGUGCAAGAUGUCCAGAAGCGGAGGAAUCCGAACAAACACUACGUUUACAUCAUCAAAGUGUCCUGGAGCGAUGGCAGUACGGAAAUCAUUUACAGACGCUACAGCAAGUUCUUUGACCUGCAGAUGGAAUUGCUGGAUAAAUUCCCAGUGGAAGGAGGCCAGAAAGACCCUAAGCGCAGGAUCAUUCCAUUCCUACCAGGAAAGAUCCUGUUUAGGAGGAGCCAUAUCAGAGACGUGGCCAUGAAAAGACUAAGACCCAUCAACGAGUACUGCAGGGCCCUUAUUCAGCUGCCAGUCUACAUUUCCCAGUGUGAGGAGGUCAGAGUGUUUUUUGAGACCCGACCUGAAGACCUCAACCCACCAAAAGAAGAACCCAUCGGAAAGAAGAAAUCAGGGAUUGUGGACAGAGCGACUACUUUCCUAAAGCGAGGAGAUUCCACCGCAGCAGACCCUCUCCUACUCGACCAGUAUGUGGCAGUAACAGACUAUGAAAAGCAGGAGAGCUCUGAGAUCAGCCUGCAUGUGGGUCAGGUUGUGGAGGUCAUUGAGAAAAAUGAGUCUGGUUGGUGGUUUGUUAGCUCAGAAGAUGCCCAGGGCUGGGUCCCUGCCACCUGCCUUGAGGCACAGGAUGACCCUGAUGACUUCACUUUUCCAGGGGAAGAAGUGCCACGGAGAUUCUGGUCACUGCCAAGGCACAUGGGUCGUCGCAGAACUUUAGGGGAUCUAUUCAGCACAGGCUUUGGGCAAGAAGAGAAGUAUUCAGUGAUUUACCCAUACUCGGCCAGGGAUGAAGAUGAGAUUGACCUGGAGAGGGGCAUGAUUGUUGAAGUGAUUCAAAAGAACUUGGAGGGCUGGUGGAAGAUCAGGUACCAAGGCCGUGAGGGCUGGGCCCCAGCCUCCUACCUGAAGAAGGCUGACAUCCAGAGUCAGAAGCAGUCAGCAGGUGCCGCUGCUCAUGCCAGCACCAACGACCUAGACGGGGUUUCUAAACAGAAUCAGCAAAACAAUGCAGCCAGAGAGAACCGAGACAACAGCCAUAAAGAAAACCGACUCUCAUUUUUUUCUGACAAAAAAGUGGGAUCAAGACACAGACCUCCUCCACGCAGAGAUCUUACCAUUCCACGUGGUGCAAACCUACCCAAGCCACCCGUUCCUCCUCAGGUUGAGGAAGAGUUCUACACCAUAGCAGACUUCCAGACCACCAUCCCUGAUGGUAUUAGCUUCCAAGCCGGACUUAAAGUUGAGGUGAUUGAGAAGAAUGCAAGUGGUUGGUGGUACAUCCAGAUAGAUGACAAAGAGGGCUGGGCCCCCGCCACCUUUAUUGACAAGUACAAGAAGACCAGUAAUGCUCUGAGACCUAACUUCCUAGCACCUUUGCCCAAUGAGAUGGAGAAGCUGAGACUGGAAGAUGGUGGUUCAUCAAAUGUUUCAGUCACAGAUGACAGCUGGUCCAAGCCUUUACCAGAUGAGCCAACAACAGCCCCCGAGUUCUGUGCCCGGCCUAAGCUGAGAGAUUGGAAGUCUGGUGCCAGCAAGGGGGUGCCUGGGCCUUUACCUCCAGCCCCAGCUGCCCCUCCAGUGGAGGAGAAACCAGCUCUGCCACCUCGACGGGAGUCCAUUAAUAAAAGCUUUGAAUCGGAGGUAGCCGAGAAACCAAGACCUGAUCAUUCCAAACCUUUGCCCCCAAAACCCCCAGCGCCUGGGGUCAUUGUGCCACUGGUUACACCCAAGGCAGCCCCUUUCAAACAGGAGAAAACACCAGAGAGCAAGAAAGAAGAUAAGAACAAACCUCUUCACCUUCGGAAUGAAAUGGGUCUUGAAUGUGGCCACAAGAUAUCUGCCAAAGAGGUCAAGAAGUUCAAUCUGAAACCCAUACCUAAACAACCACCAAAACCCAAAUCAGAAGCGCAGGAGGAGAAACCAGACUCAGCUGGCCCAGCAGUGUUUAUGAAGCCGAAGCCAGUGAUCCGACCUAAACCUGUUCCAGCUGCCAAGCCAGAUCCUCCAGCAGAGAACAAACUGGACAUCACCAACCUGAGAAGCAAGCUGAGGCCAUCCAAACCUUUAGAUCUCGGCUCUGGGUCUGACACCUCAGCAGUAAAUAGUUCCCAGUGCAGUCCACCUACAAGCUCUCCACCUGUCCAUAUCCCUACUCUCAAUAAUGGUAAGCACUUAGAUGAGCCAAAACUCCCCCCAAAACACAUCAAUGGUCAUAGUCAGGAGAGCUCAUCACCCCCUGCAAAACCAGCAGUGCCUCCCCACAAAGAACCUCCUCAGAGACCCCCUAUCAUGGCUCCAAGGAGACCUCCUCCUCCAAAGAAGGAGAACCCGUCCAGCCCAACUGAGCUCAAACCUCCAGCUGCUCUAAGAGAAACCCAUGACAUGCCCAAAGCUCCACCACCCCAACUCAGCAGACCCCCUCCCCCCAAACCCAAAGGGUUUGUUCUGCCACCUCCAAACAAAGAGAAAGAAGAGCCCAAAGUUAAUAAAGUCCCGAUUCCUCCAAAGCCCCUUGUGAAAAGCGAGAAGCCCAGCCCGCCAAAGGACAAGCUUCCACCUUUACUCAAGGAGCCCAGUAAGGAUGAACUGUAUCUAGCUGUGGCGGAUUUUGAAGGGGAUGAUAACACAUCCAGCUUCAAGGUGGGUACAGUGUUUGAGGUGUUGGAAAAAAACGGCAGCGGCUGGUGGUUCUGUAAAAAUGUAGGCGAAGAAGUCGAGGGCUGGAUCCCCUCGAAUUACCUGAGCAAGAAACCUUAGUGUGAAUAUGCUCUCAAAACCAUUGCCAUAUGAAUAAAUAAGGAUUUAAAUGAACAAAAUAUCACUACUUUGUAGCUUAUUAGCAUUUUUUUUAUUUAUAGGUACCUUUUUUUUAUUAUUUGACACAUUUGUUAUGUUUAAUUUUGAUAAGAAUAUUCUACCUAAACUGAACCAGCAAUAACACAUGGCCUUGUUGGGUCUUGUGACGUUUACUUCUUUUUGUUUUUUUAUCCAAAUAUCACAUGAACUGUUAAAAAGGUAAAAAGAUUAGAUGCUAGAACAGCAGUAAAUGUAACUCCACCCAUGCCUUCUAUGAUACGGUGCCUCUAUAUUAUAUGCAAAGUGCUUCAGUGCUUAAUAUACUGUAUGCAACUGUAGAAAUAGUCUUAAAGUAAAACUCAAAUCUACAUCACAGAAUAUACUAGAUGUUCAAAUCCAGCCAUUUUCCUCAGCAAUAGACAAAAAAACAAAACAAAACAAAAAAAAACUGUAAAUCUCUUAGACAAAGACUACACAUGAGCUCACUGGGGGAGUUCAAUGACAAAAAAGUGCUAUUAGUAAUUACUAAAAGAGACAUCUUUGCCAAGUAGAAAUGCUGUUUGUUAUACUAGAAACAUGCAUUUUCGUUUUUGUGCUAUUGUAACGCUUUCUUCAUUGACUGCAUAAUUAAUGUUGCAGUGACUUGUAACGGAUGUGCACUUUGUCAGUCAUUUCAGAUGAGGUAAGUUUAAGGUUUGCACAUACUGAAGGAAGGGGAAGAAUGCCACAGUGCAUUUUAUCUUAGUUUUAUUAGUCUUUUUUUUAUUAGCUAUGUUUUUUUAUACUCACUGUAACAAAUAUCCAUCAAUGUAAAGAUGAGGCUAGAACAUCCAAAAUGACAAAGUAAAAAGAAAACUCUCUGUCAAAGUAUUUUAACAUAAAUUGUGUUAUCUCACAUCCAAAAAUAAAAAUGGUGAAAUGUGACUUGCAGAGCAAUGUCUGCAUAUUGGUACCAGAUGUCUGACCUAAGAAAUAAGAAUUUGGAGAUCUACAGUGAAUUGUGCAAUGAUUUACAGUAUUGUAAGUGUACAGUCUGUUCUUAACCGAAGUUUGGUGCUCAAUUAACAGCAAAGUAUGACCAUUGUAUAAAAAUAAUGUUUUACAUUAAUGCUUGACUGGUCUCAAGCAUGGUCAGUAUAGCAAAUUAUUUUUUAUUGUACAGAAAUGAGAGGCAUAUCUUAGCUGUUGUCACUUUUCUUUGACGGUCCAUCUGUUCUUUUAUUCUGUACUGAUGAUGAGAUUAGAAGAAGAAAAGAGCUGAGAAUGAAUUUGGUUGGUUGAUUUGUGGGAUUUGCCAAUUAGAGGCAAUGCAGAGGGUUGUGUCGUUUCUGUCAAGAGAUUAAUUAAAAAAGAAGUUACUUAAGAAAAGUAUGUGAAAUAACUGGCUGUGGUCCAGAAAUGAUUGUAUACUAAACAUUUUUUUUUAAGUGCUACAUUUACUAUACAUUUCCAAAGUGUUUUGUUUACCUAAGUUAGCAAAAUUGAGAAAUAAAAUGUUCAUGAUUGUCAACGCAAUCUGACAAGGCUACAAGCUGUAACGAUUCGUGAUUCUGCUUCUAGUCGCUAUAAUGUUAUUCAGCCUUCCAUCCAUGUUUUAUACAGAAAUGACAGUAUCCAACUAGAAAAGGUUCAGGUAUGUUUAUGUGGAUAGAAAGGCAGAAAUCUACAGAACAAUGCAAGGCAAAUGGGUUGAUGGUGUCAUCAUUUCAGUAUUGUAAUCUUAUUUACUUUUUUGCUAUGUAUUUUUCAUUACAUUGAGUCUCCUUUUACUCAAGUCAAUAAAAGUUUCUGAUUUUUUUUUUUUCAGUUGAGCUGUCA